AUGAUUGUGUGUGUUUCAGCGUUGUUAUGUAAGAAAUGGGAGUUUCUUCAGCAUAUUCCGAUGGAUGCUGUUCAGAGCUCACAAAUAUAUGCACUUGUUUCACAGCUUCUUGAAAGUGGUUUGUGUUGUUCAGAGGCGUUAAGUGUGUUGGAAGCUCUUUUGCAUAAUUACGGGUCUAUCCAUGAUCCGGUGGCGUAUUACGAAAGUAACCUUGGUGGGGUGGGGGUGGGGGGUGGGGGUGGAUGA